AUGGCACUGAUGGCAAUAGAGGUUGAUUUAAAAAAGCCUGCUCCAAGAUACCAAGAUAAACAUACUGAGAUUCCGACUGAGGCCGAGACAAUAGCAUCAAUUCACAACUGCACUAAUAGUCCGAAUAGAGAUCGAUCUUACUGUUUCGGGUCGGAUCCUCCGGUUCGCGAAGCCCGGUCUCAACUCAGAUCCUUCAUAGCCAUUGAUAAAUCUAGUGUGAUGGAUUCUGAGAAUCAUCUUUUACCUGAUGAUGGGCUUGAGGCUGCCCAUCAAAAUGGUGUUCAUCAGCAACGUCCUGCUGCUGGAGAGGAUGGGGUUGUUUCAAAUAAUUUAAAUGGGAGCGUGGGGAACACUUUUAAUCCUGAUGAUGGUACUACUGAUAAUUUAUCUGCUGGGGAAGGCGAGGUUGAAUUAAAGGCUUAUGUGGGAAGCAAUGGAUUGUCUGUUUCUAAGGAAGGAGAUUCAAAAGGGAAAGGUGCUGAUAAUUCAGAGAAAGCUAAAUCUCAGAAGGGUACAGGAAAGAGUGGUAAAUCUAAGCCCUCACACCUAAAAAAUUUCUCAGCCACUCAGGUGAAGAAGGGUAGGGAUGGAAGAGAUGCUGGGGCACGACCCACUGUUUCAAAUGGCUCUGUUGCUGUAAAUUCAGAAUUAAAACAGCCUUUCAAAAGCAAAUCAUUCAACGAGAGGCAGGGUCAUGCAUCCAAGCAAUCUGGGAAAUCUGAUGCAGCGCCAUCUGAAGGCCUUGUGAUGCCUGAUUACUUGAAGGAGAAGAUGAAACUGAAACCUUUGAAGAAAGGGCCUGUUGUUAAAGCUGAAGGAGAAACAGACUCUACUUCAAGUCCCAAUGCAGAAGAUGCCAAACCUCGCAAGGUGGGUGCACUUCCGAAAUAUGGUUUCAGUUUUAGGUGUGAUGAACGAGCUGAGAAAAGGAAGGAGUUCUACUCUAAGCUUGAGGAAAAGAUUCAUGCAAAGGAAGAGGAAAAGAAUUCCAUGCAAGCUAAGUCCAAGGAAACCCAAGAAGCUGAGAUUAAGUUGCUUAGGAAAAGCCUGGCUUUUAAAGCAACACCAAUGCCCAGCUUUUAUCAGGAGCCUGCACCACCUAAAGUGGAGCUUAAGAAGAUACCCACAACAAGAGCCAAAUCUCCCAAGCUAGGUAGAAAGAAGAGCUCAUCCCCUGCAGUCUCUGAAUUAAACAAUAGCCAGAGCUAUCGUCCAGGUCGGUUAAGCUUGGAUGAGAAAGUAUCUUCAAACAUUCCCAUCAAAGGACUCUCCCCUGUUCAUCCAAAGAAGCCACAGAGGAAGUCCCUCCCCAAACUGCCUUCUGAAAAGACCAAGUUAUCCUCUGCCAAUGAUGAAAAAACUAAGUUGCCUAAAGCAUCGAAUGAGGAAGAUACCACCUUAUCUAAUCAAACAAAGGAAGGUACAUCUCCCACCCAAGAGCAGGAAGCUGUUCCAAAGAACGAGGAGGGUGAAUUUCUACCGCAAAAAGAUGAGAUAGUGGUUCAAGAGGAAGCUCAGGCCACAUUGGUGAAAGAUCCGGUAGCAGUGGUGGUUUGA